AUGCUGCAAAUUGCUAGAUAUCCCUUACCUUUUAACCCUACCCCGGUUUUGUGUCCGCUAUGCACCUUACCUCCCGGAAAUACCCGUUUUACUUUUCAACCGUGUUGUUUCUACCCCACGGAAACGCAUCCAGAAUCGCAAGUCCAUCUUCCGGUAAAUUCUCUAAUGAGUCUACGGAGGUCCUCUUUUGAGCCUUACAGGGCCCCGGUCCGAUCUGUGAAUGGGAUCCCAUUAGCAUCUCAGAAUUUUCAUUCUCCGUCAAACGAGGAUAUUACGCGAGUGCAGCCUGUGCGAAGUAGUGGCGUUGGUGCUAAUCAGCACGAUGGUAAGUCGAACAAGUUCUCUUUACAUUUGUGUUUUUCUUUAAUUUGAAAGGGCGUUUAUCUCCACCUUCAACAGCCCAAGGAAGUCUGAGAGACUUAAUUACAAAUCGAAAAUGACUUUUUAAGAGAUACAGUAAGCUGUAAGGACUGUUGAAAAGUUUUCUAGUCUCAGUUUUAUCGAGAAUUGUUCUGAUGAACACGCAGUGAAAACGAUUCUCUGACUCAUUGGACUGUUUCUCAGUUGUUUUGUAAUCCUUAUUUUUAAGGUAUAACAAAAGCUUUGCGUACUUGUGGACCUCUAUUUUUUAAGAAAUGCGAUAAAUAAAACAACAGGAUGAUGAGGGAGUAAGUGUAUAACAAAAAUAACAUUUGAUUUUUUUUUUUUUCGAAAUGCAAAAAAGAGCGCAAAAGGGGUAAAGCUGAAACGUUGCCAUGGUUAUCACACGCAAUUAGAUUAAGCUGUCAUUGUUGUAUUCUUGUAAAAUCAUAAGCGCAUGUAUUUGUAAACCGCAGCUAAUACUGCUUACAUAGGAUCGUUUUGUAAUAAUUAUCCAAGUAAUGACGUUCAACAAAACUUUACAAAACAUAGAACGAUUAGACUGAAAAAGUUGACUUGGUUUUUACCCCUUUGGCUACUGUUGCUGAGAGACUUUCUUUCUAUCUUGACCAUUGGUCCGCGUCAGCCUUUACCAAUCAUCUUCCAAUCGUCUUUGAUCAUAAGUAAUUUUUCCGAAGUUCCCAAGGGGCGAUAAUCAUUUACUGUUCAAAAAUACAAAUGUCUCUCAGUUGCGGCAAGACUAGAGAAAAUGCAGGAGUUCUUUGCUAACUAUUUAAAAUUUAAAUGUGUUGGUAGGUAACAGAGACGAUUCAGGAAAUUUGCAUUGCACUGCCCUUUCUGGCAUCAAGAAAAAGCGACGAAAGAGAACUAUUUUCACAUGUGAACAGCUGAGUCGACUGGAAUCUUUGUUUGAAGAGCAGCAGUAUAUAGUGGGCACAGAGAGACAGCAGUUGGCAGAAGCUCUGAAUUUGUCUGAAACUCAGGUUAGCUGUUGGCGACGUUUUUAGAGAUUCAGGGCGAACCUUGUCUUGAGGACUUCCCUCAGAAAAUGGGGGAAAAGCCCUGGGGACGAGGAUGAUUCCAUUUCUAUUUGCACUGUAGAAACGAGAAGGAAACUGGGGCGAAUGGAUUCCGGAGUCCGAUCCUAAGCGGGAUUCCGGAUUCCUUAAGCUGAAUUCCACUAUCCCAAAGCCCCGGAUUCCGGGUUCCAAAAGUAAAAAUUCCUGCAAUUCCGGAAUCCGGAUUACCUUGCAUUGGGCGAAAUGGUCGUUUGUGCCGAUAAUCUUACAACUAUCUCUUUUUUUUUAACACAAACAGAUCAAAAUUUGGUUCCAAAAUCGCCGAAUUAAAUGGAGGAAGGAGAACAAGCAGAAUUUCCCAGAUUUUUUUGGCGCCAGUCCUUUCUCUGUUGCGUGUGCCCGAAUCAGACACUCAAGAGGACUGGAUUCCUGGGAUGACGAGUGA